AUGGACUACUCCAAGAGCAAAUCAGUCCGGGGUCCUCCAAACGAGCUGUUGGCCAUCGCCACACUUGAUCAAGAUCGAUGUCGUAUUGGCCUCCUCCCGAUUCUCUCGGGCUCGCAGGCUGCCGCAUCAACAGGCAUUGCUCACCUUGGCUUCAUGAUGGCAAAGAACAAGUCCGUGAACGACAUUGACCGCGAACCGUCCGUCCAGGACGGCGCAGCCGACGUUAUCAUCCCGGCCGAAAAGACCAAGUACGAACAAGAGCACGUGGACAUCGGGCUGGCAUACUUCCAACAGUCGCAGACCAUGGACCCUGCACACCGCGAGGCGGUCGCCCGAAGGGUGCUCAAGAAGAUCGACUUCGUCCUGCUGCCGGCCAUGUGUCUCAUCUACCUGCUGUCGUUUCUCGACAAGCAGACGCUCAACUACGCCAACGUAUACGGCCUCAAGACGGACCUGGGAUUGGUGGGCAACCAGUAUUCGUGGGUCGCGUCCAUCACCAACAUCGGCUACCUGGUCCGGUCGUACCCGUCGACCCUGGCCCUGCAGAAGUUCCCCAUCGGCAAGUUCAUCUCGGUGAUGCUGGUGCUUUGGGGUAUCAUCCUCGUCGCCACGGUGGGCGCGCACAACUGGGCCGGGCUGAUGGCGCUGCGCUUCAUCCUGGGCGGCCUUGAGGCGGGCAUUGGCCCCGCCUGGAUGCUCAUCACCAGCAUGUUCUGGACGCGUGAGGAGCAGCCGCUACGCAUGUGCAUCUGGCUGGGCAGCAACGGCAUCUCGCAGAUGCUGGGCUCCGGCAUCUCGUGGGGGCUCGGCCACACCAAUAACCAGCACCUGACGCCCUGGCAGCUCGUAUUCCUCGUCAUUGGCGUCAUCACCAUCUGUGCGGGUGUCGUUGCCUUUAUCUACUUCCCGUCGAGCCCUGUCGACUGCAGGCUCUGUGACGAGGAGGAGCGCGUCGUGUCGAUCUGGCGCGUGGCCGACAACCAGACUGGUAUCAAGCACGGCAAGAUCCUGUCGUACCAGAUUCGCGAGGCGCUGCUGGAGCCGCGUGUGUGGUUCAUCGCUGGCCAGCAGCUGUCCAUCGGCAUCAUCAACUCCUCGGUGGCCAACUUCAUGAGCGCCCUGCUGAGCGGCUUUUGCUACAGUCCAGUCGAGGUGGUCCUUUGGCAGUUGCCCAACGGCGCCUUCCAGCUCGUCUGCACUGUCGCCGCCGGCCUCGUGGCCUCGCGGUUCAAGAACAUGUCCAUCAUCAUGAUCCUCGUCGUUCACGUGCCCUCGCUCGCGGGCAUCAUCGGCAUCGCCACCAUCGACCUCGGCCACCGCCUGGCCCUCACGGCGUGCUGCUGGCUGCUCGGCGUCGUCGGCGCGGCCAUCAUCCUCAACUGGUCCGUCAUCGCCUCCAACGUCGCCGGCCACACCAAGCGCAUGACGGUCAACGGCCUUAAUUUUGUCUGCUACGCCACAGGCAACAUCAUCGGGCCCUUCAUGUUCACCCCCGCCGAGGCGCCGCGCUAUCUCACCGCGAUCAAGGCCCUGAUCGGCAUCUACGCGUCUUCCAUGUUCUUCACCGCUCUGAUUGGCGUCUGUCUGUGGCUGUCCAACCGUAACCGGGACCGCGAGGCUGCCGCGAAUCGGCCCGCGGCGGCCGAGACGUCCGAGGAGGCGCUGGAGGAUGGGUUCUUAGACAAGACGGACCGCGAGCUCCGGUCUUUUCGAUACAAGCUCUGAUGUCUGGCUGCCGGAGCCACUGUAUAUAUUUCGAUCGUUCUAUCGGCGGUUAAAGAGUGACCCUCCGCCGUCAGCCCUUUUUCAUAUAGCAUAGUAUAUGUUCCUUCUGAACAGAUGGUGGAUUGUCGAAAC